AUGUCCGGUCUUUUUCGUCGAAAAGGGCGCAAAGGUGCGAAUGAUCCUACACCCAUUACCAAAGAUGUCCAACUUCGUGAAGCUGCAGCGAAUGGUACAAAAGACGUUGUUCAAGAACUUAUUAAUCAAGUUACCGAAAUCAAAGACUGUGACGAUGAAGGGAACAAUGCUGUCCACUUGGCCGCAAAGAAUGGUCAUAUGGAUAUCGUCAAAAUUAUCGUUGCGAAAGAUACAUUCCAUGAAGAGAAUAAAGAUGGUUAUUUGCCUGACGAAUGGGCUUAUGAAAUGGGUAACUACUUGGACGCUUCGUGUCAUAAAGAUAUUGCAGAGUAUAUCUCUAAUGCUUUAAGAGCAGAGCUCGAAAAAGGUAACGGCGCCUUCAUUCGUGGAAAAAUUGGAAGUAGAAAGUAUGGAGUUAUGAGAA